AAAUUAUAUUUAUUUUUUCGAUAUAUUCGGAUUUAUCAUAGAUGAAAUUUCAUUUUAUGUUUAGAUGAAUAUUUUGUCACGCCUGUAGCGUAAACGGUUGGAUUAAUUUUAGUAUGUCUUUAGAUUUCUCUCUAAAGCUUUUAGCCAGGUAAGACUGCAGUUUUGAAAAAUAAGAGUAAAAAUAAUGUUUAUUUUUAAAUAAUUACCUACUUAAUAGACGUACAAUUUAUUUAAUUUAUCUAUCGAUUUGAGUUAUACUUUGAAAAAAAAAUCAAAUUUCUUAAUCUUUCAAAAUUGCACCUGUUGAUAAGAAUUACAUAUAUAAAAGGCUAAUAAAUUCGGUGAACUAUUAUGAUACGAGGAAGGUUCUCCAAAAUGUUCAAGUACAUCGCUCUCUUCGUCUUCGUGGCUGUGGCCCAGGCUUCCACCAAUGUGCAGACAUGCCGAGUGUUCACGGGCGCGCUCCCGUCGGCCACCACUAUCGAGGGGUGCCGCAACCCCCCGUGUAACCUACCUCAAGGAAGAAAUGCUGUCAUCCACAUGUCAUUCAAUGCACCCCGCAACAUAAACUCGAUGCGCACGCUGGCCACGGCGUUCCUAGGCAACGUGGGUGUACCGUACUCGCUCGGUAACAACGAGGUGACUUGCAACUUCAUCACCAACACGCGCUGCCCCCUCAGAGGCGGCCAGCAGGUGCACUACACGCUGCGCAUGUUCAUCGAGAGGAGCUUCCCCGUGGGCACAUCAACAACAGUAGAAUUCCGCAUUGUGGACCAACAAAACCAGCCGGUAGUGUGUGUGCGUGUGCCCAUCAGGAUCACAGCGUCCCGCGAACUCGACUAUGUGCCACAGAUUGACGAGAAUGUACAGAUUGAAGAGACCAAGUAAAAAGGAUUGUCUAUAGGAUUGUGUUUGUUGUGUUGAAUAAAUGUUUUGUGAAAUAA